UGAUUUUCUCUGUUAAUUUUUAUUUCUUGUCGAUUUUAUUUUCCUUCAGUGUAACUUUAACCUUCACAAGGAGCACAUUGUGGAUCAAGUAAUUCCCUUCAAUGUGAAUUAAUUGUCACAAUUAAACCAAUUUUCCUAAUCUGACUUGAUAUUUGCCUAAUUAGUUUGCUCAAAGGAUUAAAAUCAACAUUGACAGUAAUCAAAUUUUAAUUGUGUCCAUGUGAUUUUAUAUAAAUACUAUUUGUAUUAACCAUUUGGGAUUUAAAUUGUAUCUUCAACAAGCAACUGACCUAAGGUCAAUUAAUUUGACAAAAAAACUAAUACAUAACCAUCAUCAUAAUGUUUACUCAUCAUUAACUGUUAAUUAUCAACAAUUAGCUGAAAAAUUAAAGUGUUUAUUGAUAAUCUUGUGUGUGUGUGUGUGUAUUUAUUAAUUGUUGUUAAUUUUUAAUUGUUACAAUCAAUUAUAUCACUGAAAAAAAAUUAUGGAUCCAAAGAUUGUCAUUGAAGGUGAUCUUAAAUUUAGAGGAACUCGUAAGUGGAGACCUCGAUGGGCAAUUGUAACCAGAUUAUCACCAGUUGCAGAUUGUCUUCAUUUACAAUUAUAUCGUGAUCAAAAGGAAAGGAUUAAAAGUGGAUUAACUAAAUCUUCAUUGUCUCUGGAAAAGUUUAUCGGAUUAGAAACUGGAUUUACUUUAGAUAAAGAAAGCAAUACAUUGGCAUUAAUCUGUCAGGAUAUGGUCUUAUUAUUGGCCUUAAAUUCAAGGGAAACACUUUUACAUUGGCAGACAACAAUUCGUAAUCAUCUUCCUCAAGAACAUCAAUAUCCUGUUGAAAUUAUUCAAUUUCCAGCGAAAAGUAAACUGACCAUUGGACCUUCACGGUUACACAUUCGAGAUGGUCUUUUCGCUCUUGUCUCUAGUAAUCCACCUCGACUUUCUGGACUUUGGCAUUUACCUGAUCUGAGACGUUACGGUGUACUUAACGGUAAAUUUUGCUUCGAGGGAGGGUCAUCUUGUGGUAAAGGUGAAGGUCUCCAUGUAUUACAAACCUUACAAACUGGUGAAUUAAUGAAAGCAUUUCAAUUGGCAUCCAUUGGUAAUCUUCAACCUAAACGGAAAUUGUCAACAAUUAAACGAGACAAAUGUAACAAUAACAAUAACCUUUCCGAUAGAAUCUCAUUUUGCUCAUCGAGCUCACAUUCAUCAGGAACAAGUUCAAUCUCAAGUGGUAAUGGAAGUUAUCAAAGUUCCCUUGAGUAUUCAACACCUCGUCCAUCAAUAUCAGGUCAUCAUCACCAUGGUCACCAUCAUGGUCAUUCUCAUGGAGGUGGAAAUGGUAGUGGUCUUGGUGAAUGUUCAAAUUGUUCUGGUGGUUCAUCGGUUGAAAUUUGGUAUGAUAGACUUAAAAUGUUACGUUCAGCUAAUUCUGGUCUCAUGUUAUUCAAUGGAUGUGGUGGUGGUGGUGGGGGAAGUUCAUCAUUAUGUUCAUGCCUUUCAGAAUCAAAUUUAACAACAACCACACUUGAUGCAACAAUUGAUUCAAAUGGUUCAGAAAAUAAUGACCAUCGGAUUCGUAAUCAUCAUCAUCAUGAUACAUUUGAUUGUCAAUCAACUGCAAGUUCAACUAAUACACUUAAACGGACAACAUAUAAUUCAAGCCAUGGUUCAGAAUCAGGGUCAACAAAUGGAAUCACCGUUGACCCAAGGGUCCUUCAUAAAUUGAUCACUGGUCAUUAUCAGAUACCCAAAAGUUUCCUCUGUAAUCAGGGUAAAAACUUAAUCGAUUCCGAGGAAGAUAAAAUUAAUCUGAUUAAUAAUCUUGAAAUGUAUGAUGUGCCCAGGAAAUUUCAACAAAUUCAUCUUAAUAGUUCAACUGAUUUAAAGCAAUCAGUUGAUUGUCAACAAGAAACAGUUAAUGGUGUUAAUAAUAAAACUAGUGGCCUGGAUAAUAUUACCAAACAAUCAACUGUAAUUAACACUGGAUUAACCUCUAAUUCAGUUAAUUGUGAAGUGGUUGAUGAUAAAACCUCAAAAGUUGAUUGUCCUGAUGAUGAGAUGAUCAUUAUAGUUAACGGUAAAUCAUUUGAAUCGACAACAAUUAAGUCACAAACAGCUGAUGAUAAGAUUAAUCUUGAUCAGAAAUCUGAUAAAUUGUUGGUUAAUUGUGAUGAAAAUCAUUCCAUGGGGCAAUCUAAAUCAAAAGAGACAAACUUAAUCAACAAUUCCCAAGGAUUACCAGCAAUUAAUUUAAAUCUCAAACCAAAUGGAUUAAAAGUUUCCACGAAUACUAAUCAUAAGGCUAAUUGUUGUCUAAUCAAUCCAACAAUUAACAAUAAUUAUGCCAACAUUGAUUUUGUCCGAUCAUUACAAUAUUAUCAAAAUGUUGGAUUGUUAAAGAAACAAUUAAAUACAACAAUCAAUUCAACAACAACAAUUAAACCAGCAGCUAACUUACCAGAAUCCUCUAGUAAACAGCAAUCAACAACAGUUAAUGAUGUUAAUCAAGUUAAUUGUGAUUAUCUCAAUCAAAAACAGGAUAAACAAGAUGAUAUUAAAGUUAAUUACAACCUGAUGGUUAAUAAAUCAACUGAUUGUAACAGUAAGAAUGAUGAUUAUCUUGAAAUGAUACCGUUAUUAAUUAGUGAUGAUUGUAGAUCUGAAAGUGAUUUAAGUGAUCACAAUCAAACAAUUUAUCAAUAUUAUCUUAAUCAAUAUCAUCAUCACCUUAAUCAACUUGAAAAUAGUAAUCGAGAUGAAAAUUGUUCAAAUAUAUUUUUAAUCAUGAAAAAGGAUCAAAGUAACAAUCAACAAUUUAACACUAGUGCCUCAUCAUCAUCAACAAUUAAUCAUAAUGAUAAUCAAGUUGUCGGAAAUUUAAUUAAUCCAUUAUCAAGAUCAUUAAGUGAUUUAAGAAGGAAACUUUGGUCGAGAGUUAAAUCAAUUGAUGGUCAACAAUUGAGACGAGAAAAUCAAUUAAAUCAUCUAUCAUCUUCAUCUUCAUCUUGUCCAUCAUCACCUAGAAAAUUAUCAUCACAAUCAACUAAUUAUCUUAAUCAUGAAUCAAUUUCAUUAUCAACUUAUGAUGACGAUGAACAUUUAAUUUUAUCAUUACCAAUUCCACCUCCACCUCCACCGCCACCACUUUCGUACCUAUUUGCUUGUCGUUUAAAUAAGUCAAUAGAAUCAUUAUUAACCCUUAAUGAUGAACAAUUAACUAAUUGUCAGCCUAAUUAUCAACCUGCAAGUUUUAAUUGUCACAAUCAUGAGCAUUUAACCUCAUCCGAUGAGGAUAUUUAUCAUGCAAGUCAAAUAAGAGUGACCUCUUCAAGUCCAUUUGAUUGCCGACCCAUGAGUCCAUCGGAAAUUAAAAGGUCAAUUAGUUUACCUAAUGAUCAACAAUCGUCAACAAUUAAGGAUAAAUUUAAUCUCCAUCCAAUCAACAUGGUUAAUAAUGAUCAGCAAUUAACAGCAACAACUAAUACAAUGAUUAAUUCACAUUGUAAAUCAAAUGAAAAGUGUAAUAAUAACAAUCAAAUUGAUGACAAUUUAAUCAAUAACAAUUUAACCCUUAAUGAUUUGAAUAAAUCGACAAUUAAUAAUUGUUACAAUCAAAAUGGUAAAUCAUCAAAUGCAAUCUUAAUUAAAUCACAAUUAACCAAUGAUGUUAAAGGGAAAAGUUGAUCACGAUAAUCAAAAGUAAUUAGAUUAAAUCAUCAACUCUUUUUUUUUUAAACUACAAUUAAACUUUUCAAUGCCAAACCUCAAGCAAUUAACUUAAUUGUUAAUUGGCUCAACUGAUUAUUUGAUCAAUUAAAAUUUAAAUGCACAAUUUGUUUACUGUAUUGAUUAACUUAAAUCAACUUUUUCUUUGUAAAUUUUGACAAUUGGAUUUAAAAUCUGUUUUUAAUUGUAAUUAAACUUUUGUUUCUUUAAAUUAAUUACAAUUAGACUGACUAA